AUACAUUUCCACUUUUGUAUUCGCACCGACCGGGAAUCGAACCCACGCACUUCGACUCCCGGACAAAACAGUUAAAAAAAAAAAAGAAACACCGAGAAGAAUGAGAGGAGCAGUUUGUUGUUCCAUUUCUUGAGACUGACAUUUUUGCCAACGAAUCAGAGAGCUGGAUUGUCACGGCCUGUCCGAGCGGUCCGCCAUUGCUCCGCUCCGAGAUCUGAGAGGAGAAGUCAGCACAUUGAGUGUUUCACACUCACGCUUUCUGGAGCAGAAGCGAUGUUUGAUGGUUUGAUUUCCAGCCUCCUUCAGACCAGCUCGUCCACCCACAGCAUCUGGGCAGCCCAGUGAUGGAGAGCUGGUCCAGGCGGUAGCUGACCAAGGGCAACGUAAGUGACAGAAAUGUGCUCAUUUCAUAUGUUGUUGGUGACAGUCAGAUGUGAACAGAUGUCGACUCGUUUCUCGUUUCUCUCUACUUCAAGACGGCUGCCUUAUUUCCGGUAUAAACUUGCAUCGUUGCUGACUGACUUCUUUAGUUGUUUUAUUUAAUUUUUCAUAGCAAUGAUUCGUUAUUUUCUUGUGAAUUACUUUAAUGGAUCACCAGGUCACCUGAAGUUCUACACAAUGUCUUUCUGAAAAUUUUAAAACAAUCAGACACCCAAAUUCAUUUCUGUAAAAGACAAAUUAUAGAGCAGUGAAUGUUUUUGGGUUCUGAUCUUGACUGUGGUGCAGGUAAAACAUGGUGUGCAACACUCCAGUGACUAACCUCUCUGUCGCAGUAGUGGGAACAGCUCACAGUUAGGCUGGACAUCUGGCAUCUGAUUCGCCGCUUCGCUUCAGGUGUCACCACAGAUCCACGAGCUGUAUCCCACCUUCAUGAGGCAGCUGUCUUACUGCAUCUUCGAGGUGGACGCCGAAGAUGCUCGCCGUCUCGCGGGAGCCAAGCGGUCCGAGCUGGAGAGGACGCACGGGAUGGUCAACCUGACGGACGCUGAUGUGAUCCAGCGGAUCAGCAAGGAGGAGUGGAGGCUCCACUGCCGCAGGAGGACGCGUGGAGCCGAGGAGUCUACGCUCCUCAUCCAAAACCUCCUUGACACCUUCUGAGGGUCCGCAGGACACAACACGCUGAACAUCCCGUUGCUAAAUGCUCUCCUCAUCCAGGACAUCUGGGACGCGCAGAGGCGCCGCCUCAGCUGCAUCCAGGACCCCCCUGGCGUGCAGCUGUACACCCAGACGGGCAGUCUGCAGAAAGGAGGGGUCACACUGCCCGUCUAUCGCUGCGCGAGGGGCUCCACUUCCCUGGAGUCCUUCCAUCUCCACCUGAACCGCUUCAUCCCAGGUGAGAAACCAGAGUCUGUCAAGAAAUCUGUUUUAUUUCUGUAAACUGUUCAUUUUCAGGUGUCAGUAAAAGCUUGAGCUGAUUUUCUCAUCUAAUCACGCAGGAACGUCGGCCAGUGCCAAGUACUUCCAGGCGUUCCUGAUUGAUGGACUGGUCAGGUGGAACGAGGACCGCGCAGCGGCAGCUGAGCGACACAAGGCGCCUCUGCUGUCCUACAGUGGCCACCUCAGGCACGCCCUUAACCAGAAGAGCCAAAAGGUGCUUGGUCCUCAGAUGGUUAAGGACUUCACCAAGCCUGCUGCUUACACAGGUGAGCUCAUCGGGGUGGAGUACCUGUUCCAGCAGACAGGCCGCGUGCUUGAGGACGUCAGCAUGGACCCUGACGCUCCAGACGAGGCUGCUGCCGUCACCGACCUGGACGAGGGCAUCCAGGAGGACGUGGGCGACCACGUCGCCACCUUCGUUCAUGACGUCCCGUCCACCAGCACUUCAGGAGCAGCCCAGUCAGGGGAUCCAGCUGUCGCACCCGGGUCUGAGCCAGCACAUCCUGCCGCCCCUCCCGAGGUCCCUGGAAGCCAGACUCCUGAAGAGAAACACUCCUCUGAUUCAGAGGAGGAGAUCCAGGGUCCUGACGGCCAGCCAGGAUACCAGCAUGUCCUGAAGCUGGCUCAGGUCCUGGUGGAGCUCAGGAGUCUCCAGGGGCUGUCUGACAGCAGGGUAGACAGACUCAUCGCGCUUUGGCAACGCCUGCCAGAGCGAGACAAACAACGGAUCGUCUACCCUAGCAGAUACCGGGAGAGGCAACCAAAGGGGCGGUUCAAGGCAGCGAAGGGGAAGGACACCUCCUGUCCAGGGGUAGUGAGUCUCCAGCGCUGCCUUGGAGGAGAACCCUCGGGCGCUGCAAAUUGGCCAGACGCCAGCCGUGUGGUGGAGGCCAUGUGCAGCCAGCUCUGCCGUCUGCACCCUGCGGCCGGUCGCGUGGACGGGGUCAGCAGGUCACGCUGGUUCCUAAUCUGCAACGACUACAUGGCCGUCAGACAGGUGGUGCUGAAUUGCCCGAGGCUGAUGGCUCAGACCCAGCUUCAGCUCUAUGAGCUGAACCAAAAGACCAUCUCUCAAUGGUUCAGCUAUAGACAGAAGGGGUGGGAGAAAGGUGUGCUGGAGCAGGGAACUGGCGCCGUUUCUGCUCCAACUUUCUCCCACCAGCCCAUCCCUUCUGCCAAAGGGCUGUCCUCCGUACAGGUGGGAAGAGGACAGCCCUUUACAUACAACCUCCCCGAGGAGCAACAUCCUGGUCCCUCCUCCAGGGGACUGCCGCCGCCACCACUACCUCCACCUGCUCCUCAUCCCGGUCCCUCUACCACAGGGUAUCCGCGGGUCCUUAAAAAGUCUUAAAAAG